GCGGACAGGGUUCCUAACGCCGGGGCUGGGACGCGGAAAUGCUCGGCGCCACUCGGAAGCCGCUUUGCUGGCCGGAGACGCUCUGGGAUCCGGCUCGGCAAGCGCAAGGAGGGGGCGCUCGCUCGCACUCGGGUGGACCAGGGCGCCGCCCGACCUUGGCCCCGCGGCGCCGCCCUGUUCCUCCCGCCCGCGGCUCCCGGCGGCCGCCCGCCGCUCCGCCCCGCGACGUAGCCCAGCUUCUUCCGCGACCAGAACCCCGCGCCCCGGCCCCGCCCGGUGCUGGCGCUCUUCUCUCAGAAGUGACAAGGCACAGCCUUCUCCACCCGGCGCCGCUCUCCUCUUGGUGACCUGGUACCCCUUUCCGCCGCCCCCUGCCCUCACCUCCCCAAGGCUGACCAGGUAGAGCCCCUCGCCAGGCCCCAGCCCCUCGCGCAUCCCGAACGUGGCGGGGCCGUGGUGAUGACCAGCGUGGGUGCCAGCCGCUUUGCAAAGCCGAUACCAUCUGUGAGCCAAGAAGCUCAGCUUGAUCAGAAACAGUGCUUUGGAUGUUCAGUUCAUCUUCAUCGCUCACUGCCUCUCUAGGGGCUUGCCAACCUGCAGUCCCUGACCCAGUGCAGUACAGCUGGAGAAAGACUCCAGAAGCCCCAGGACCUGCUCUAAACCCUGAGAAAAUAUACGGUUUAGGUGUCUAAAUCGCCCCCUAAGACAGCCCCUGCAGAGCCCAGCAUGUGUGGGGGACUGCUGGAGAGGUAUGUGGCUGCCAUGGUGCUUAGUGCAGCUGGAGAUGCCUUGGGGUACUUCAAUGGGAAGUGGGAAUUCCUCCGGGAUGGGGAGAAGAUACACAAACAGUUGGCCCAGCUGGGUGGCUUGGAAGCCAUCGACGUGGGACGUUGGAGAGUCAGCGAUGACACUGUGAUGCACCUGGCCACAGCAGAGGCCCUCCUGGAAGCUGGGAAAGCCCCUGACUUGACGCGACUAUAUUCUCUCCUUGCUAAGUAUUACCAAGACUGCAUGGAAGACAUGGACGGCCGGGCACCAGGUGGCGCCUCUGUGCAGAACGCCAUGCAGCUGGAGCCGGACAAGCCCAAUGGCUGGAGGAUUCCUUUCAACAGCCAUGAGGGUGGUUGUGGGGCUGCCAUGCGGGCCAUGUGCAUUGGUCUCAGGUUCCCUUACCACAAUCAACUGGACAUGCUGAUCCAAGUGAGCAUUGAGAGCGGUCGAAUGACCCACCACCACCCAACAGGCUACCUGGGAGCCCUCGCAUCAGCUCUUUUUACGGCAUAUGCUGUGAAUGGCACACCACCCUGGCAAUGGGGAAAAGGACUGAUGGAAGUGCUGCCAGAAGCCAAAAAGUACGUUGUCCAGUCAGGCUACUUCGUAGAGGAGAAUCUUCAGCAUUGGUCCUACUUCCAAAAUCAAUGGGAAAAUUACCUGAAACUUAGAGGAAUUUCUGAUGGCAAGUCAGCCCCUAACUUCCCCCAGCCCUUCAACGUGAAGGAGAGGGAUCAGUUCUACACCUCCCUGAGCUAUUCUGGCUGGGGUGGCAGCAGUGGACAUGAUGCCCCCAUGAUCGCCUAUGAUGCCAUCCUUGCUGCAGGAGACUCCUGGAAGGAGCUUGCCCACCGAGCCUUUUUCCAUGGUGGAGACAGCGAUUCUACAGCAGCCAUUGCUGGCUGCUGGUGGGGAGUUAUGCAUGGUUUUAAAGGAGUGAGUCCCUCCAACUAUGAGAAACUAGAAUACAGACCCAGGCUGGAAGAGGUAGCGAGGGCUUUAUAUUCUCUUGGGUCAGAGAAAGAUGCUGCAGUCAAUCUUUAGCAAGAUGUGUGGUUCAUUUCCUAGGGCUCCUUCUGUUCAGUUUCUUUUCAUUUUUUCUAGUCAAGAGUCUUAACCUUGUACUUAGGAAGUUUUGAGACAAGUCCCUUGCACACAUUGAGCUCAGGCUUUCCAGACUCACCCUAUUCUUUCUGUAUAUAGAGAGUCUUUUAUCUUUGUUGAUGGGAUCCACCGUCUCCCAAGCUAGAAAUCUCAUAGCCUCAUCUAUGAGUUUUCAUUUUGUCAUCUAAUCAUCCUAAAAGAUUUUUCUGGUUUUUUUUUUUUUUUUUUUUUUUUCAGCUGGGUUUCCCCCUGUCCCAAGUGGACUCUGAGAUAAGGAUUUAUUUGAGUGCAAGGAGUUUAUUUGGGAGGCAGUUCCAGGAAGCAUGAAUAGGAGAAUGGGGAAGUGAGACUGGGAGGGAAGGGAAACAAACAGGGUGUGCGAGUGAGCAGGUUUCCACUGUGGACAGUUGGGCUGCAGUCCAUCUGAACCCUCUGCCCAAGGCAGUCUGCAGAGUUGUUCCCCCUAAAGAGCAAGCAAGCCUGGGGUAUUUACCCACCUACUUCCAUCUGACCCUGGUUGAGGACCACACCCAGGGAUGUUAACUCCCUGGUACAUCUCAACUUGCCUUUUGUGCAAGCCAAACAUGAAUGUCUUCAGAUACAGACCCAGAGAUUCUUGCAGCAGUGAGCUAUAAGUUAUAUGGGACCAGUGAGAGGUGCACGUGAGGCCCUAACAGCAUCUGCUAGGCUCUUGUACCUCUUAAUAUACUUUAGAUCUUUUACCUUGUUGCACUGAGUAUUUUUCAGUUCAAUUGUGCAAUCCAAGGCACUCAGGCCUAGGCAGAUGCUGCUGCUAGCUGCUCUCAGGAGUUUCUCGCAGCCCUUUGCAUAUUACCCAGUUGUGUUAGUAUUUGUUUGCUUGUCUGUAUUCUCCUCUGACAGAACAUAGUGCAGUGCCUGGGCACACAGUAGACACCUCAUCAGUAUAUAUUAAAUGAAUGUUGCUACCUCUCCUCCUCUCUGGUGUCUCCUCAUGACCCUCUGGAGUUAUCUUGAUGAAUAAAUUGAUCAUGCUAAACUUCUAGUCAUGUUCUGGUGAAUACAUCAGGCCCUUUAUUUCUUGAUGCACUUCUUUCUCCUUUUCUGCCUGGUAACUUCUUACUCAUCCUUCAAGGCCUAACUCAGAUAGAACCUGACAAGUGAAAUCUCUAAUUGGCGUGCAGUUGGCCACUAUCACCUCACUUUAUCCAUGGCUUUCUAUCCUAGCCCUGUAACCAUAUUGAUCCUGUUAUGGGGUGAUUGGGUGUCUUCUGGGUCACCCUCAGGUGCACACUGCCCAGCACUGACUUGGAAGUGAUGCCAUCGUUACUUUUGUGUGGUGACCCCCAGUCUGCCAUGAGGGUCGGUAAGGGCCCACCCUUGUUGGGUGUUGUUGGGUGGUAAGGAUGUGCACUUCUUUCCUUCCCCUUUCAGUACAAGCCCAGAAUAUGACUCCUGUGAUUUCUCCUGCAGAUCCCUGGUUUUCAGCUGGUGGGGGGUGUGGGCAGUAGCAGUCCAGCUACCUCCUACUCACUCCUAUAGGGCUUUGUCUUUCCAAGUCCUUCAGCCUCGGUAGGAUGUGGUGGAGGAGGUGGAGGGAGGGUUGGGAGUGUCUCGGCAUCUGUUCUGUGCUGUGGUGUUUCACCACAAUUGAAGAGAACCAGAAAAAAGGAAAAAACCUAUUAUAUUUAGUACUGAUUCUCACUUCAUCACCAGCACAUGUAAAAGUUGACUUUCAGACUCCUUUUUCUCAAACCUCAACACCUCCUCCCAAACUUCACUUUUGGUUGAUGACCUCGCUUCCUAUUUCUCUAAGAAAAUAGAAGCAAUGAGAAGAAAACAGUCUCACCAUCCCAUCGAUACCUCUGCCCAUCCACCUGCAUCGUCCCUCCUGACCAUGGUGCUGCAGAGAGAGAGAGGGAGAAGAAGAAGGAUGAGAAUGAAUGGGGAAAGGAGAUAAACUUCACUAUAUGCAUAAUGUUAGAGUAAACCAAUAAAGUAGUCUCAAGCAUGGUUAUGAGUUUCUC